GCUAAUGUGUAAUGUGUAAAGCCGACUGAGCUGUGAGUUCAUGACUCCAGCUCUCAUCCGGUUGAAGAUAAGUAAACUUCUCCUCCUCCCAGUCUGACUCGUACUUUGCUUCCUCGGGAAUUAAAUGGAUGAAUACUGGAACUCCUCAACAUGUGGCUGAUGUUACUAUUCGUUCUCAUCACGAACUCACAGUCAAACGCUCUCCAGGUGAUUGGAGCAAACAGGACUGUGGUGCAMGGARGUACAGUUACAUUACCGUGCAAACUUGUUGACACCAAGGAGSAGCUCUCCCAGAUUUCAUGGCAGAGGACGACCAGAGUUAAACACAAAAACGAUUUCUUGACAGUUCUGGAAAAAGAUGGACCACUGUAUGUCRAUGGACGCGAUGAUCGAUUUAAGUWUAUUGGGAUAUUUAAAGAGCUGAAUGGAUCAAUUCAGAUAUCCAAUGUCUCAUUGCUGGAUGAAGGAGUCUACACAUGCAUCUUCACUUUGUUCCCCAGUGGAAGUUWCGAGACAGAUAUAUAUCUGAACGUGCUCGUGCCUCCCGUCACACAUGUGAAGGAUAACCGUCCCACUUUGGCAGAUGAAGAAGUUUGCAUUGCCACCUGCACGGCUGCUGGUUCCAAGCCUCAGGCAAACGUUAGAUGGUUCACAGGUAGCUUAGCAGAAAACCUGAGGGCAACAACCAACUCAACAAAACAUGACAAUGGUACGACUACCACGGUCAGCUUCCUGUAUGGAGUACCUACCAUGGGCAUCAACCAACAGGUGGUCCAGUGUKUCRUCAMMAGUCCGGCCCUGUCGAAARAGGCAACAAUACCCUUUACUAUACAAGUUUACUUUGCACCAAUGGAAGUGAAAAUUGAUUCGUCACUUGGCUGCAGGUUUGAUUCUCAUUCUUGUUUUCUCUGCCUCAGAGUUGACCCAGCGUGGCCUCAGUCUGGUGUCAGAGUAGAGGGUGCAACGCUGCAGUUUCUGACCGGGAGCUCUGACCUGAAUGGCCUCUACCAGUGUGACGCAUUCAACGAAUAUGGAAGUAGAAGUGUUUACGUAUUUAGAUCUGUGAUUCCAGGAUCCUGCACUGUUUGUUGGAUCUUAUUUUCUCUUCUGAUCAUCCUUGCAGCAGCAGCAGCAGCAGCAUUGGAUGACUCGGAUUGCUCAGGUUACCGACUUUGUUGA